CUUGGCGAAAUAUGGCUCCUUGAAGAGUAGCAAUCAUGAUAUCGGCUGUACAGGUGCAGUCACUUGCAGCUUCCGGCUUCCGCGAUGAGGGCAAAAAGAAAGAACGUUUGUCAGAAUUGUAGAGCCAAAAAGCUCGCGUGCGACGGCGCUCAACCAGAAUGCUCACAAUGCAUUUUUAGGCAGAUAGGUUGCAGCGGAUACAGACAAGAAUUUGUUUUCGUGUCUAACGGUGCUUAUAAUUCCAAUGUUCACGUAAAAUCAGCGAAGAGAAAGGAGGCCGGACCUCCCGAACUGGUUCCCUUCUUCGAUACGCCGCAACUAGACUUUAUACAACCCAGUCAAAGCGCAUUUGCUUCAAGCGGAACCGAUCCUGUUCUCCCCAAUAGCAAGGGUACUUUUGAAACAACGAGAUCUGAUUAUAAAAUCCAAACAGAUAUUCAGUUCAUUAAGAAACAGUACGAAGUUAUUGAUACUUCAGCCCUAGGGGAGUUCAAUCUCUCGCAGAAUCAGAUUUGUGGAGCUUGGGUGGAUGUUCUUCCACUUGUAGUUGGUAAAAGAAAAAGAGACGAGCCAUUGUUGUCAGCAAUUGGGGUAAUGGCUACCGCAUUCCGGUACUUGGCCGGCAAGGAAGAGUUGUCACAGGACCAAGUUCUUGACUUGUACUGUGAAUCACUCCGGAAUGUGGGCAAGGCAUUGGAAGCAGCUCACGGUGUAUUUCAAAUGGAGCAUUGUGCUGCUAUCAUGUGUUUGGCGGUCACUGAUAUUGUUAGCCCAAAGUUGAAAUCUGGUUGGAUGACACACGCAAAAGGUGUAGGAGAUAUGAUGGAGGCUCUAGGGCCAGCCUCUUUCCGCACUGGCGCUAUGCAUACUAUUUUUGUAGGCUUCAGACCCCUGCUGGUAAUAAGUUCGAUUCUUACCCGUCGAAGAACGUUUCUUGCACGAAAAGAAUGGAAUAUCAAGGCUUUCGAUGAACGACCCGUAUCCAUAUUGCAGCUACUACUAGACAAGGCCUGUGAGCUCCCAGAACUAUUAGAAAGAUACCACGGGAUCAGUGACAUAUCAUUACCCUCAAACCUUUCUGCUGUCGAACAGCUCUGGUAUGACUUUCACGAUCUCCUAACAAGUAUUCGGAAAUGGGCACGGAAGUCACAUUCCGAAGCUUCGCAUCCGUUGUUUUGGUCAAAGUCUAACCCUAGGCUCUGCUUAUCAUCAAGUGGGGACGCUAUUUGGUUCCCUAACAUGAUGACAGCAAACAGCUUGAUGCAUUAUUGGGCCCUUGAGAUUGUGAUUCGGACGUAUCUCAACCAUAUGCACAAGAUUCUAUCCACAGUCAGGGGAGAUGAUUGGCAAACUCCCAUACGUACAUGUACGGAAACCUUUGAGGAAUAUUCACUUGUAAAAUUGGCAGAUAUGAUCUGCGACAGUAUAUCAUAUCUUCUGCAGCCAGAAUUAAAGGUCCAUGGACUGGGUUCUGCGUUCUUUGCUCUUCCUACAGCUUUACGAAUCUACGAACAGGAGCAAAGUCUCGAAAGGAGCCAAUUGGAGCGCUAUGAGAAGAUUCCACAAAUACUAGCAAGCAAGGGGAUGUACUUUCCUUCCAAUUGGUAUUCAUCAGUAGCAAUCAAGUAA